UGUACUGAUGGGGAAUAUUUAUGCUGCUCUUGGAAGGUGGAAAGAUGCAGAGAAUGUGAGACAUAGGAUGAAUGAAGUAGGGUUACUCAAAUCGCCAGCUCACAGUGUAAUUGAGGUAAGGAAACCUGUGUAGUGUCAUUUGCUGUUAGAUGCUUGGCUUAAAAAAGUUGCAAGGCUGCCACAUCUUCAAUGUUUGAUGUGCCAACUGUUGAUUUCAAAUUCUUGGCACAUUGAAUGAAUAUAACAUUAGAUGAUGAAGCAUUUGUUGUUCUAUGAGAGAUUACAUCGUUUUUCUUCGAGGCGUACGCAAAGGUAUUACUAUAUACUAGCUAGUCAUGCUGUUGUGCUUUGCUGAUGAAUGAAAUUAAUCCACCUUAAGCAGUCUAAUAAGGACCAUUUCCCUGGUGAGCUUGUGCGAAAUUAUUUCCAAGAUGUUUGGCAUUUUACAAGGCAAGCCAGAUACCCUGACAAACUGGUUCCUUAUUUGAUUUAAAUGAGAGAGAUUUUGGGACAGUUAUAGUCGUUAAGUUGGUCUUUUCAGGGCUGGCUUAUUUAGAAAGAUUGAAAGAGAUGUACGUUGUCUACUUGACACCAAAGUUUACCGCAAAAAUGGGUGCUAGACAAGCCAUUGACUAAUUUUUUCUCAGUCCGGAAAAAUUGUGGCUGUGUUUGGUUCGAUUGUUUUUGGCAAAAACUGUGGCUGUAGUCAAAAUACAAUUUCAGUCAACCAACUUUUUUUUAAAUGCUACAGUCCCGGUCCUGGUACACGGCGCCGUUUAGGAGCCAAAAUGACAAAACAAGUUUUGAGGUGUAUUGUCCUUUCGUUCCUCCUCGUUAUUUUCUGAGUUAAACUGUAUCGAGCAACUACGAGGCUCCUCUUCACUUUCCUCUUCUAAGCAGCAUCAACAGUAGAGCAGACACUUGAAUGUUCAAAUCACCGGUUCUACCCCAGCUGAUCUGCUUGUAAUGCUGCUGUCAUCGUCGCCGCAAGUGAACAGUUAGCUGGUCCCUCCACAAUUUGCAACUUAUCUGCAGCAUAACAUCGGGAGAAGGAAGCUGAACCUCCGCUGCACCUCGGACAGGGGAGGUAGUGGAAUUGCCCAGAAAAUCAUUCGAAGCUGCUUGCUGGAGAGCUUUCUUCCCUUAUUUCCAAGUCGCGGCCAAGGAGUCUCACCGCCGUUGCUCAUCUGUUGCUUCGUCGAGGUGAGUUUGUACUGUUGAGCUAAUUGGGGCCUUAAUUCGUACGAAUUAGGGCUACAGUAAUUAAUGAAUGUGGUUGCUGUUUAAUCCUAUUCUCUGAAAAAUCAGCGGGCGAUAGUAUAUGGUAGAGACAGAGGAUCAAUUAAGAAAAUGUGGAUUUGCCUUGUUUGGACUGACAUUCAUGCUUCUUCACUUAACUUCUUUAUAUUGUGCGGCAUUCCAUUUUUCAUUAUUGGCUUGUUUUGGUUCGCCAUCUCAUCUUAGCAACUCACAAUUGGAGCUUCACCGUUAUCUUGCCUUCGUGAUAAUUCCCGCAUGUGUCCAGAGUAUGCUAAAUUAAUUGUUAGCAAGAGGGAAAUGGUACACAGUGGCACCAUAUUAGCUGAUAAACGUGCUUGGCUGCUUUAAAUUGUUCGGCAUGCAUAGGAGAGUUUUUUUUAAUAAGCUCAUGGUAUACGUGUACCCUGUUAAUGGGAAGAAUAUUGAUACUAUGAAGUGGAUUAGAUGUUUGAUCGAUUGCUGUUGUUGUCGGCUGAAAUUGAUCAGUUUUUCUGCCACAUGAAUCUGUAGGUGGGGUGUUGUAUCUACAUUUACAUUUCGGAUAAGGAAUUUGAUUAAUUGGUUGUACUUAUUAAGCACCAGUGCUAUUUUCCUUGGACUAUUGCAAUUCGAUUACUGAAAUAUUCGUCCCUAGCGUCAUGUGACUGGCAUGCAUUUAUUUGGUCGUUGCUGUUGGGUUUGAUCUUAUUGGAUGUUCUUGUGAUCGGACUUGAGGCAAUGCCAUUCUGGUACCUGCAAUUUUAUUAGUUGGCACGUGGUAUAUUUUAAUUUGUCCUACCGUGAUUGUUUAUAAUUUAUGCAUUGAAGCUGCUGUUGCGUUUUUCAAUGAAUGACAACCUGUAGAGAGGGGUAUAUUUUUCUGCUUUAAGUGUGAUGCUGUUUUGGUCCUAUGUAUAUGAUUCGUUGCAUAUUAUAAUCUGAUAUGAACUUCGCUAAAUGGGUUGAACUGUUAUUUUAGCUUCACACAUAAAAUUGGAUGAUAGUUCAUAUACAGUUUAUGCGUUUGGCCUGCUAAUAGCAUUUUAGUGGUACCUUGUACAUAUUUUUAGGAUUGUGAUGCCCCCUGUGACUCGGAGUGCUUCGAAGGCUUUGCAAACGACUAGGGGUGCUAACCGUUGUUCUUUAUAUUCGGGUACGGGAGAAAACGAUUUGCGUCUUUGUAUAACAAACUACUUCAAGAAAACAAAGAUGCCCAAACCAAAAGCUCCUAAGGAACGUAUCAAUUUCACGCCGAAGAUGGAAACUGCCAUUGCUGAACAGCUUCUGAACAUGCAUAGGAAUGGGGAAAUAUCAUCACAGACCAUCGGGAGCCACGUUGUCCCUCAGAUUACUAGGAUGCUCGCUGAGACUUUCGGGGUUUCAUUCCCCCGCGAUACUAUUCGGUCGAAGUACUAUGCGCUUCAGAACUUAACUAGGCUUUACAUUUCGUUCAAGAAGCGUGGCACUGGUAUGGGCUGGGACUCAACCAACUUCACCUUCAUGAUGGAUGAUGAGCGAUGGAGUCAUCUACUUCAGGUCAACCAGGGAUACAAUAGAUUUAGGAACCGGUGUUGUCUGGUCUUCCAUUUGCUUGAAGAAGUCUUCAUGAAUCAGGGGGCUACUGGGGAUUUUAGCGCCGGCUUUGGAGUAUCGCCCCUGAAUUCGGGCGAUGAAUUGGAAAUGGAACACGCUGCGAACAGAGGUAGGGGCAAGGGGGUUGUGGAUGUCGAUUCAUCAGAUGGAGGAGAUGCCGUUCCUGUGACUCGGAAAGGGAAAGAGAAGGUUAAGAAGGGCAAAGGAAAGCGCAAAUCGGGGGACAUGUCAACUGAGUCAUUCUUCCAACCGUCCUCCCCCCAAUUCCAGAAAUACGUUCGGGUUUUAGACAGCAUCGAGACACGAUUGAGCGGUAAAGGGAGCUCUGGGAUCUCCGGUUCGGUCUCUUCUCCUGCUAAGAGCCAAAAGGCUCCAGUUGAUGAAGACGAGGAGCUGGUGGCUGCUUUGGCCACUUUGAGCAGUCUGAAUUUGGACCGAAGUGUGCGCUUCCAGAUGGCUGAUCUGCUAAGGAAUCGGCAUGAGCGUCUCAUUUGGUUCUUAUGCGCGGACGACGAGGACCGCCUUGCCUUUGUCAGACAUCGAGGCUUCCUCCCCCCCCCUUAGCAUCUCGUUCAAUCCAGCCCGAAACUAUUGCAGCAGCCUUCGUCUUAGUUUUUCCCAUGGCUUAAAUGGAUUUGAUCUAUUCGUUUGGAUUUAUGUACUUGGAGUUGACAUUGGCCUGUGUUAUUCAUUUCUUUACUGUACCGUGGACCCAAUUCAGUUUUUUUUUUUUUUCUUCUGAGAUAAAGUUGAGGUUACAAAAAUUUCGGAUAAUUUAUUUGGUUGCGUUUAUAAAUGUUGGUUGAAUUGUUUACUAUA